UUUUCUGGAAAUCAUUUUAAUAGCAUUAAUGCAAUUAUUGGAUAUUUGUUGAUUAACUUUACUUUAUUUUGAGAAAUUAGCUUUAUCAAAUUUGAAAUGUUAUUUAAUCAAUUAAAUUAAGUUUGAACUUUGAUUAUGAGAUUUUUAUUUUAUCAAAUAUUGGAUUGAUACAGAGAAUAAUUCAUGCGAGUUUGACUUUGAAAUUUUGAUUAUUCAAUAAAUGCAAGCAUGAGUAUUGGAUAUAAAAUUUUAUUCUGGCAAGUUUUUAAUGCUUAAAAAUAUUCAUGCGAGUUUGAUUUUGAGAAUGAGAACUGUAUUUUGAAAGUGAGGAUUUUCUCUCAUGUUUGAAAAUGGUUUUAAAAAGGAAUUUUAUACGGAACACUGGUUGCUAACGGCAGUUCCGUUAGCCCUUGGCGCGCUAUGGUACACCUAGCUAGCAGGGUGUUUAUAGGAGGUGCUCGCCCAGUGGAUAGCUAACGCACGUGGAACGGAGGGAUGGUUAUUCGUGAGCAUCGUACUCACGUUUGUUUCGUGGCUUUAAGCCGCGUUUGAUUAGCGUUACCCUCGUGGACUGUGUGUCCAUGUUUGUUUCGUGGCUUUGGCCAUGUUUGGUUACUUACCCUCGUGGAAUGAGUGUCCACGUUUGUUUUCGUGGCAUAAGCCGCAUUUGGUUAGUUACCCUCGUAGAUUAUGUGUCCACGUUUGUUAAUUGUUCUGAUAAGUCCCUAUAUUUAUGAAUCCAAUCGUUUGAUGAUUUCAUAUUCUAUUGAUUUUUAUUUAGUAAUUUGUUUAUAAAUAUUUAUUUCAUUUAUGUGCUUUCUUGAAAUCAAGUGAUAAUAUCAUUUUCUAUGAUAGUUCAAUGAUUUGAGAUUUUAUUUGAAAUUUAUAGAGCCAUUUUAUUAUGAAGUUUAUAAAAUUUUUAUGAAAAUUUUGUCUAUUUAACUUACAUAACUAUUUUAAACUUUUCAUUUUAUUUAUAUUCUAUUAUUUAUUGUUGAGACGUUAUUCACUGGAAAAGAUAUUUUGGUCUCAGAUGGUAUAGUUGAACUUGUGACUCGAGAUAUCCACUGAGGAGUUUUAUUGCUGAAUUGAAGCAGAAAAAUUAUUUUAGUCAAAUCCUAAUUUGAUGAAAAAUUUAAACUUUAUACCUACGUUGGCGUCUAGCCUUAGGUGCUCCACAUAAACUACAGGUGGGAUCCUUAUAUUUUUUUUAAAGUUGAAUAUCUGAAUUAAUAUUGUAACAAUUUCUAAUUACUCUAUUAGUGUGUUUAACGUAUUAAUUUCAGAGUUUCUCCGAUCAAGGCUUAAGGGAUAUAAGUUUUGUGCCCAUAUCCCGUGCCGGUCACACCUGAUUUUUGGGGCGUGACAAAGCUCUUUAAUUAUUUUGUAGAAAAUAUUUUAAUUGUGAUUUUCCAAUGAGAGGUUACGAUGAGGAAAUAAACAGUGUACUUGAAUAUGCUAAUGGCCUUCCUUUGGCAAUUGUAGUAUUGAGCCAAUUCUUAUAUAAUAGAAGAGCUUCAGAAUGGAGGAGCAUCUUGGUUGAAUUCUAAAAAAAAACUGUUGAUUCUAUGAUAAUGGAGGUCCUCAAAAAAAAGUUUUGAAGAACUCGAUGACUGUGGCAAGGAAAUCUUUUUACACAUGGGAAUUUUUUUUAUAGGAAAGGAUAUUAAAUUUGUAAAAGGAAUUUUAUCGUCUUUGUAUGUUUAUAGUAGUGAUAUUCAACGUUUAGUUGAAAAAUCACUGAUGACCAUUGGAGAUCAAAAAAUACGAAUGCAUAGUCCAUUGCAAGAAAUGGGAAGAGAAACUAUUCCCCAAGAAUCUCCUUCUAGGCCAGAAGAGUGGAGUAGAUUGUGGGAAUUUGAUGACAUUGAUGCUGUUAUGCAAAGUGACGCUGCUACUCUUAAAACUGAAGCUAUCGUAUUGGAUCUAGAAGAUUUACAAGACAGGGCAAUAAGGGUUGAAGCUUUAUCACGCAUGAGCAAUCUUAGACUUCUCAUAUUUCGUAACGUAAAAUUUUCUGGAGUCUUGGAAAAUCUUUCAUGGCAACUUGAGUAUAUUUCAUGGCACCAAUAUCCUUUAACUUGUUUGCCGUCAACUUUUGAACCAUAUUGUCUUAUGGAAGUGAAUUUGACUGAUAGCUGCAGCACAAGUAUAUGGCAUGAUUGUGGAGGAGGAAAGGUUUUCUGGUGGCUGAGAAAAAUGAGUCUUAGUGGAUCCAAAGAUUUAACCAAGAGGCCAAAUUUCAGUGGAUUUCCCAGUCUUGAGAGGCUAGACCUUGAAGGAUGCAUUAAAUUAUCACAGCUUGAUGCAUCCAUUGCUGAUCUUUCCAUGGCUUGAAUUCUUAAAUUUGAGAAAUUGUAGUAAUCUUGUUAGUAUCCCCAAUGAACUAUUUUCUCUAUCCUCUUUAGAAAUUUUAAAUUUGGCUGGUUGCUCCAAGUUUGCUAGUUGUCUGAACUUUUCUUUUUUUGAGGAGGAUGGUGAAAGAGAAACUAUUCAACCAUCAUUUCCUCGUAGAAGACAAAAGCUAUGGAGAAACAAAUUUACUCUAAGUGAACUAUUUGGUACAAAGAAGUGUC